AUGGUGGGUGUCACCUCUAUAAAAGUUACACUUUCUCUUGAAUGCAUAGAGAGUUUGCCCAUUUAUGUGAAUCCAAAACAAUACAGCUCUAUCCUUAAAAAAUGAUAGGUCUGUGCCAAGCAUCAGGCUUAAAAUAAGAUUGUCAAAAAUAGAAAUCCAUAUCUUCACGAGUCUCGACAUUAUCAUGCAAUGAAGAGAGCCAGGGGUUCUGGAGGGUGCAUUUUGAACACAAGAAUAUGCAGUAAUCCCAUCCUUCAUCUCCAAAGCAUGAUAGAAAUAUCUUUAAUUAUUAGGCAGGCGGCAACAUAUCUAGUUACAUGGUUCAGCACUCAGAUAGUGGUAGUUGGGGGACUUCCACCCAAUCUGGUUCUAAUGUGACAAGCAUCUUCAAUGGUAAUGACAUGUUCCAGCAGCCAGAGUUCAGAGUCUCUAACUUUCUUUUUCACAUGGGUGCUACCAUGCAGAAGUGAAAGACUUCAUGCAUGUUGGAACCUAACAACACACUUGUGUUAUCCAUGGUGUCGGUGCCAACACAGGCCUUUGAAAAUACAUUCAUAUUUGCACACAAAUGGAUAAUCGAUAGUUCAUCCUCGGUGA